AUGUAUGAUAAAAGAUAUGAACCACCAUCUACCAACAAGAUUAUGCAAAUUUCUGACUUGGAUGAGAAGUAUAAACAGAUUGAUAUCUAUGCUCAAAAUAAGGCCAAGAAGUGGCUUGAGUCGUAUAUUAAGGAGAUAAAUGUGAAAAAUGGAAUCAAUUCUAAAAAGAUAUCUAAUCGUGGAUAUGCCUACAAACGUGCUUAUAAGAAAGCGCGAGAUAUAUUAUAUCAGAAAAUGGGUAAUACAUACGAAAUAUAUCAUAGAGAUUGGUUAAGCUUUGAAGACUUUAAGGUAGGUGACCCUGUUUCAAGAUUAUGGGGGAGAUUCAUAGAGUAUGCUAAAGCAUAUACUGGAAAUAAUAAUCUCUCAGUAAGUACUGAG